AUCGUUUUUUGCAAUACGUUUAUCCGUGCGUGAUUUUUCGGCUUAAAUAUAUGUUAUAAGUGCAUAAAAUUGUUAUAUUGUGAUUUUGUUUAUAAGAGAAUAUUACCAGCCCACACUGACAUCAUUUACAAGCUUUUAUUUUGCAUAAUGUACAAAUAAGCGUGACGCCGUAGUGAUAGAAAUCGAGUGAUAAUCCACACGUCGUUAACACCAGCAGAAUGUUCCAGAAACCGGCAUUUGGUAGCAACACCUCAGGGUUUGGGUCGUUUAAUGCGGGAGCCAGCACUUCGACCUUCGGUGGGUUCAAGCCCACGACUGGGACGAGUGCGUUCGGAGCCCCGCCGGCCUUCGGAGCCGCAGCCGCCACACAGCCCACCACGGGCGGAGGUCUUUUCGGCGCUUCCAACACCUCUACGAGUCUAUUCGGGAGCUCCAACACGGCGACCACAGCGCCUGCCUUCGGCGCCUCCACUAGCGGCUUCGGUUUUGGCGCUAACACCUCCACUGGAGGCCUGUUCGGCAGUAACAACACAUCUACGGGGCUGUUCGGUGCCACCCAGAAUAACUCGGCGUUCGGUGCUAAGCCCGCCGGUGGCUUCGGUUUCGGUAGUACAGCGACGACCGGUACGACCGGUGGAGGCCUGUUCGGGUCGACGGCUGGCGCCACCACCGGACUGUUCGGACAGCAGAACACCACCCUCGGAGGUGGCGGACUCUUCACCAACAAUACAGGUGGUUUCGGUCAGCAGCCAGCAGGUGCUGGCACCGCCCACGUGAAGUACAACCCCGUGGUGGGGACGGAUGUGGUGGUCAAGUCCGGCACCUCGCAGAGCAUACUCAUUAAACACCACUGCAUCACCUGCAUGAAGGAAUAUGAAAGCAAAUCAUUGGAAGAACUACGUCUGGAAGACUACACGGCUGGCCGGAAGGGAGCCACAGGCGGUGUUUUCGGCGGUUUCCAGAACACGAUGGAAAAUAAGCCAUUGUUCGGAGCUAACACGUCGUUCGGCCAGCCGGCCACCACCAGCGCCCCGAGCGUGUUCGGCGGCGGCGGCAUCGUCUCCGGCGGAGGCUUCGGACAGACGCCCGGUACUUUCUCGUUCGGGAGCAACACGCAAAAUAACACGGCGUCGACGGGACUGUUCGGAGCGGCGAAACCGGCAUUCGGGACCACAGCCACUACGGGUACAGGACUAUUCGGCGCUACAACCACACAAGCGCCGUCAUUUGGCACCAAUACAUCUACGUUUGGCUUCGGAUCCACAACACAAAAUCAGCAGUCGACGGGGUUAUUCGGCGCUAAACCAGCUACAACCGGUUUUGGGACUACGCCAGCCAACACGGGCUUCAGUGGGUUCGGAAAUACCAGCCUCUUCGGUGCCAAGCCUCAGCAAACAACAGCGCCGGCGUUCGGGUCCACAGCUCCGGCGUUUGGCGGGUUGUCGACUGGUUUCGGCACGGCUACCUCCACGGCUGGGGGCGGACUGUUCUCCAAUGUGUCGUUUGGGAAACCAGCGAACAGUCAACCAGCGUUUGGAUUUAACACACAGCCUAACACACUCGGCCUGGGCGCGGGCGCGGCCCCGUUCGGGGCGAAGCCCCCCGCGCCGGCCUUCGGAGCCCUCGGCGGCGGAGUGUUCCCGCAGAACAACACCUCCUUCCGCACAGGUCUGGACAGUGGCCUGGGCGGCGGCGGUCUGUUUAACACGUCACUAGGAGGCAGCGGGCUGGGCCUCGGACUGCAUGCCAACAACACGGGACUGCUCAACAGCGCCAGCGGGCAGAACGUGCAUGAGCAAAUGCUGACACUGGCCGCCCGGCCGUAUGGUGACUCGCCACUCUUCAAGGACCUACUGCCUGAUACGUCGACGGGAGAGGAGGCGCUGAGGCCGACCAACCCGGCCGCGCUGAGGGCGGCGCUGGGGGUCGGCGCGGCGGCCUACCGCGUCUCCGCGGCCGCCCCCCGCCACGCGCUCGCCACGCGCGCCCACCACCACAAGAAGUCACUAUUCGAAGGACUAGAAGAAUCAGAUGCAAGUCUAGAGGACAAAUUGUCGUUGAAACCGAGCAGGAAGCGGCUCGUCCUGCGUCAGAACAAAUCUGACGGUGUUCAGAACGAUUCUGUGGAUCAUCUCGCAUCUAACAGAUCGCUAGAGGAGCCGUCAGCGCAGCCCGAGACCAACGGUGCGCCAGUGGAGCCCGAGCGAGAUCACGUCGAUUCGGAACGAUCUCGCGUCAGGCGGGCCGACCUACAAAACAACGAUGUGGAUGUCAAUACAGACAGACAUGGAAGUUGGUUGAGCUCUCCGAAAGUGAGUUGGACCGAUAAUGAGAAAGGAGUAGAUGAAUCAACACCACGGUUGUAUCCCAGCUUAGAUAAAGAAUUAAACUUAAAUAGUCAGGUGGCCGAGAGACGCGCUAGUUGGUUAACAACGAAACCACUAAGGAAGCCGCUGGUCUCCAAUCCGGACUCCGCUGAGAAUUCGGUUCGGGAGCUCGGCGUGCGGACAGACAGACAGAAUGAUAAGGAGAACAUUGACACGCUAUCAGUAUCCGAAGAAGAGAACGUGUCAGCUCGGGAAGUGACCCCGCACCCGGCCGGCGUGAAGCUCACUCGUCCCGGCUACUACACCAUACCGAGUUUAGACGAAAUCACAGGUUACCUCCGCUCGGACGGGUCGUGUGUGGUCCCUCACUUGACUAUUGGCCGCAAGAACUACGGGAACGUGUACUAUGACUGCGAGAUAGAUGUUGCCGGUUUGGAUCUCGACUCGUUGGUGCACUUCUUAAACAAAGAAGUGAUAGUAUACCCGGAGGACAGCGACAAGCCUCCGGAGGGCGAGGGCCUCAACCGCCGCGCCGUCGUCACCCUGGACCGGGUCUGGCCGCGGGACAAGACCCAGAGCAGGCCCAUCACAGACCCUGACAGACUUCUCAAAAUGGACUACGAGGCUAAACUGCGGCGCGUGUGUGACAAACACGACACGAAGUUCAUCGAGUACCGGCCGCAGACAGGCAGCUGGGUAUUCCGGGUGGAACAUUUUAGCAAAUACGGCCUAACUGAUUCAGACGAGGAGGACGACAUCACUCCUGAGGUGCUGAAGCGGCAGCUGGUCAACCAGCAGAGUCUACAGACAGCAGUUCCUAUUCCAAAGACAUCAGUGCCGGUAUCCGGCGGCUCCGCCCCUGCCCCGGCAGCAGGCCUAGGACUCUCCCACGGGCUCGGGGAUGAUCUGUUUGCGAUGCACCAGACGUCGUUGGACUUGCUCAACGGUGCUGGUAAAGCAUUCGAAAUGGACACAACCGAGGAUAAUGCAGAAGCACAGAGUCUAUAUCAAGACAGCAAAGCUUACGGUAUGAAGAGUCCAACGGGUGAAUUGGCUCGGCUAGAACACCGACAGAGUCACAAUGUUCAACUGAUGAAGGCAUCACUCUACGCUGACAUGGAGAUGGAUGAUGACGUGUCGGUGUCGACCGGGGACCAGCUGGUGCCGCUGGCCGCCCCCCGGCUGAUUCCUUCGCCGGUACCCAUUACUCCGGCAGCACUCGAGAUGGACCUCACCCCCACGCCUGCAGACUCUGAAGAGGUUACAAUGAAGCCACUAAUAGUGCGUCCGUACACCAUAGUGUUGCAGUAUCACAGGAAAGUGCCGCCCUUCAAGGAAACCAUAGCGGGUAAACUGGACGCGGCGUGCUUAGCUGAUAUGUCGGUGUGUCGCGCGCGGCACAGCCGCAUCGGUUUCGGUCCAGCCGGAACGCUGGCAUACGUGGCCACCCACCGCGGUCUCCACCACCUACCACGCUCGGCGCAGAUGUCGGAGCUGUCGCAGUACGUCGUCGGACGAUCGCACGACGACUGGAGCGAGCCGCUCCUCGCUCGCCUCGCACUAGGAACAGGCGACGCCGGGUACAUGCAGGAAUCGUUAACUCGCCACCUGGCGACUCUGCUGGAGUGGUCUGAGCCGGUACCGGAGCCCGGUCCGGGCCGGGCCGCCGCCCCGGACCGGUGUCCGCAGCUGCGUGUCAAGACCGGAGCCCGGGACCGGCGCCGGCUGCUGCAGCAACAGCUCAAGGAUGCUGCCGCAUUGAAGAAUUAUACUGUUCAGUUCGGUGUGUCAGGCGCUUACUGCUACGAGGUGUGGAAGCUGUGCGAGGCGCUCUGGGGAGACGAUCUCGAAAACGACGGUGUUCCCGGAAAUGACGUGCAGUCCAUUGUGAAUCGUCAUAAGAAGCUACUGGAAUGGUUCGCGGAAGCGGUCGGCGAAAUCACAGACAAGGAAUUGUCUAAAACCACAGAGGCUGAAGCUAUGGAUGAGAGCGACGGUCACAGUCGCCAGGUGUGGUCGCUGGUGGUGGCCGGGCGACUGCUGCAGGCCUGCCAGCUGUGUGUCGAGAAGGGAGAUCUUAACAUGGCCGCCCUCAUAUCGCAAGCUGCUGGCGACCCAUCGUUCCGGUCGCUGGUCGGACGGCAGCUGUCGCUGUGGCGCGAGUGUGGAGCAGACGGAACCAUCUCGGAGUGGAGGCUGGCCACCCUGAGGCUGGUGGCCGGCCGGGCUGGCAUACACGAGCUGCGGGAACUCGACUGGCUGCGGGCGCUGCACGCCACCGCCAGGUACCUCAGCCCACAAGUACCAACGUUAGACAAAGUCAUCGCCACAUAUGAGAGUUUCUUCAAAAAGGGUGAAGCGGACGAUGAGCCUGUAGACUUGUCUACCCUGGAGCAAGAUGAGAUGGGAAUGAAGUUUCCACUGCCACCGUACUAUGGGGAGUACGAGUUUACGAGUAAAAGCGGUGGCGGUCGACGCGUGGUGGACCUGCGGUACUCGUUGGUGCGGGCCCGCAGCUGUCAAGCGCGGCCCGCACUGCAGCCCGCAGCCGCCGGCCCGCAUCCGCUCGACUACACUCUAUGCUUCCUACUAGGCACGUGGUUCGGGAAUCCGACUAUUGAGAGUAUAACGGGUAUAGCUGAUCAGUUGGAGGCGUGUGGUUUAUGGCACCUCGCCAUACAAGCUCUAGCCUACCACCCCAACGAUAUAGCACGUGGCCACCUGAUCCGCGGAGUGCUGGGCCGACACGCACCGGCGCGAGUCGACGGUGAUGAUGCGGAGGAUGCGGAGCGACUGCGGCUCGUGCGGGCCCUGCAAGUCCCGGAGACAUGGCUACGGAGUGCGCAGGCGCACCGCGCCCACUACAUGCACCUGCCAGCCGUCGAAGUGGAGCAUCUUAUAGCAGCUGAACAAUGGAACGCUGCACACAGAGUGCUCCUAGAUGAAUUACUACCCGACGCAAUACUCUCAGAUAACAUCCAGAGUAUAGCGCCUCUCCUGGAGAAGUUGAACGAAGCCGCGUCGCGGCACGAGGUCAGCGGCUGGGAAACCGGCGGGCUGGCACUCUACCACUACUGGCACGUGUGUAAUGAGAUCCGAGGUCUGGUGUCCACGGAAGGUGGAGGAGGUGCAGGUGAUGAGGAUGCGGAAACUGAAGCUCGAUUGGAAGCAUUACGGCCACGGAUCAACGCUGCCUGCCGCGCGCUAGCUGCCUUACAACCCAAGUGCGCACGAGAGGCGAUGGCUCGCGCAGAGAUGGGCGCGCGGCUCGUGCAGGUGGCCGCAGCCGCCAGGCUUCCGGCCAGACGGCUGGCCGCCCUCUUGCGCAGCCUGCGACUGCCACCCGACUGCGGCGCGCACGUGUUGCGACAGAUAACGACGGACUUGGCCGAACAAGCUUCAGAGCUCUGCAUAGAAUCAGUAUCAAGUUCUCCGCUCUCUUCGCACCACAGGGCCACAGUACAGAGUUAGAAAGAGACAGAAAUAUGUUCCUUAGCCACGCAAAAUAUGUACGGUCACCCACAUGUUAUAUAAAAAGUUCUCUGCUCUCUUCACUCCACAGAGCCACAGUAUGAAGUUAGAAAGAGACAGAAUUAUGUUCCUUAGCCACGCAGAAUAUGUACCCAGAUAUGUAAAUGUUUGAACCUAAUUUCUUCAGUUUUGCAUACGUUUUUUUUUCAAACAUUUUAUUUAUUUAUCUAUUAUAUAUAUAUAAAAUUCUCGUGUCACAGGUUUCGUGUUUAUACUUCUCCGAA